UUGAAGCAGAAGGCGAUUUAGCAGUGCUGCAAAUGCACUGUAGAUGCGUAUUUUUAAAGUACUGUAGCUGAACUACACCACAUAAGGGGAUGUGAGCUUAGAGUAAAAGUAAUUUCGAGGAAUUCAGACUUUGCCAUUAGGAAGAAACUUGCUUCGGUAAUUUAUGUGAUGAAACACGGAUUUUAUAAACAAGAUUUCAAAUGGGAAGACCAUACAGUCUGGGAGCGUAAAACCAACUGAGCAAGUAAAUCUGGUAUAUGAAAUCCAAGACAAUCAAAUCUGGAAAUACAGUAGCAAGGGACUGCAUGCAACUCCAGACAUCAGCUCUGUAGAAGGGAGAUGCAACUGCUUAGUUCUAUCGGCUUCAACAAGGAAUUAACUUGAAACAAAGAUGCCUUCUCCCCUACUGCCCCCUGCUGCAGCUAUGGAGAUGAAUUCAGAAUACAGGAACGAAAUUCUUGUUCAGCAUUAUAACUACGUAGGGAAGCUUGAAAACCGUGAGGAGAGAACUGAAGGAAUGGGCUCAACAAGCAUUGCUUUCCUGGUAAUAUGCAGUUUCAUAGUCCUGGAGAAUCUAAUGGUGUUAAUUGCAAUAUGGAAAAACCACAGGUUCCACAACCGCAUGUACUUCUUCAUUGGCAAUCUAGCACUUUGUGAUCUACUGGCUGGAGUUGCCUACAUAACUAACAUACUCAUGUCCGGAAAAAAGACGCUUAGUCUAUCUUUAACGGUGUGGUUUGUGCGGGAAGGAAGCAUGUUUGUGGCACUGGGGGCUUCCACGUUAAGUUUACUGGCCAUUGCCAUUGAAAGGCACAUGACCAUGAUUAAAAUGAGGCCUUAUGAUGCCAAUAAGAAAUACAGAGUGUUUCUCCUGAUUGGUGCCUGUUGGCUGAUUGCCAUUUCAUUGGGUGCCUUGCCUAUCCUUGGCUGGAACUGCACUGACAACCUGCCUGAUUGUUCCACCGUCUUACCUCUUUAUAGCAAGAAAUACGUCGCUUUCUGCAUCAUCAUCUUCAUGGCACUUUUGGUUGCCAUUGCUAUACUAUACGCCCGCAUUUACACUUUGGUCAAAUCUAGCAGUCAGAAAGUCACUAAGCACAGCAAUUCGGAACGGUCUAUGGCCCUGUUGCGAACAGUUAUCAUUGUUGUUGGAGUCUUCAUUGCCUGCUGGACUCCGCUGUUUGUUCUGCUGCUGAUUGAUGUUGCUUGUGAGCAUAAGCAGUGCUCCAUAUUGUACAAAGCCGACUGGUUUAUUGCUGUGGCCGUGCUGAAUUCAGCCAUGAAUCCCAUCAUCUACACACUGGCAAGUAAGGAAAUGCGGCGUGCUUUCUUCCGCUUGGUGUGUGGCUGCCUAAUUCGAAGCAAAGCAGCCAAGAACCUCCCCAUACAGCCCACGCCUGACAACAGCAGGAGCAAGUCCAGCAGCAGCCAUUGCCAAAGGAUACCAGAUGGGGAAAGUCCUGAAAUUACUGUGGGACCUUCGAUGACAAAACCCCACCCUUCACAAAAUGGUAAUGAAUGCUGACACGUUUCGCCCUUUCAUUUUUGGGAUUAUUAAACUUUAAUAGCACACUUGUGCUGGCAAAACCAAAGGAGGAAGACCUAUAACGUCAAGCCUUAAUACUUGUGAGAACACUACGGGAAAUUAGACAUUGAAAUGACAACAAUGGGCAUUUAAUUGUGUUAAGUAUUAUUAGGUUUAUAACCAUGGCUGUGAUUUUUUUGAGGGUGUGGUUACGAUCUGUAAUUGACAAACUCAAUGACUGUGCAUAAAUGAGAAAAUUUGUGCUAUUCGUAACCCUUCAUAAUUGUCUACAAUUUACUUUCUUUUGCUCUGCACCAUUUCUGAAAGGCCUUUUUGGUACGAACUGUGUAAAUAUUUUGCAGUUUUAAGAUUGAUAGUUACCAAUAACCAAAAACAAUUUCCAUUGUUUUAUAUUUCCUUUCUUGCCUUUUUACAAAUUUUGUUCUUUCAUUUAAAUUUUGAAAAGUGCUGUAUAUGGGAUAAAAACACAAAAUGCAAUUGCAUUGAUACAAAUAAGUUUGCAUAAAAAAGGACUAAAGAGAAAGCAAGAGAGUAACGGAGACAAGGCAUACCAUGCUGUGCAUGUAGAAGGUCAGGAGAGUGCGGGGGAAUCAAAACAGAAUAGGAUAGACCUGCUACCUUCUGUAAGGUUCAGUUUAGAAACACAAGAUAACCUGAUAAGACGGACAUUCAAAUGAGGGGUCAGCAUCCUUCCACCAGUAUAAAAUGUAACAUCCAGCUAAUAGGCUGCAUUGCGUUUUAGACAACCCAACUCCUUUGGGUGCAACUCCAAAGGAGGCAACAAAAAAGAAAGUAUCAAAAAAGGGAAGACCAGCACACUUAGCUGAUAUAGAACUAAACAGUCUAGAAUAUGGAAAAUCGAGGUAGGAGGAAUGUACUUAAAGAUGUCAGAUCCACUAUUUUGGUCCCAUAUAGUUUUUACAGUAUUAGAUGAAACCAACUUAGUGAUGCACUGUGAAUCAGCUUUAGGUACAGAUCACAUUUCGGUGAAGAGUUAAGUGUUAGAUUGGAAUCGACAAAUUAGCUUUUGAAAUUAAUCAUCAUGAUCAAAAGUAUAUGUUGCAAUCCAGCUUUUUGUGUUAGCUGUUCAAAAGAGUCAAAAUUGUUACCGAUAUAUAUCAUCUGUGUUGGUGUAAUGGUUGGAAUACACACAAUGGAAGAGCACCAUGUAACAGAACAGACCGGGAGUAUUGUUUACAAGAACCACGUUCUAGACAGAGCCAUUCAGAUAAAUCCAAUGAGCAGCUUGAAGGUUGCCAGUGUCAAGCACAGUGUACUGUACGUUGAUAAACUAAUAGUCAAGCUUGAACUUUGGAAUAUGUAGUCCUCCUUUAGGCUUUAGUUUAUGCGAGAAUUUUCUGCGAAUACAGAGAAUACAAAGGACAUCAUAUUGUUCCAAACAGAAGUGGAGAUAAAAGUGUUGAGGAUAUAAAUGAGAGGCUUAAAAAACUCCAAUAACACAAACUUAAUUCUGCCAAUAAGUGACAUCAGGAAAGUUGUUUUUCUUGUUAUUCAGCAGGUGGUGGGUACUGCUCAUCUCUGAGAGUGCCUUAAAGGUGUAUUCUACAGUAUUAUGCACAUUGCCAUGACUGUAUUGUGUGUUAUUGGUGAGAGGUCACUGGGUACGUUGUAAAACGGGUAAUAUCAAUGAUUCGUGAUGAAGUCACUGCUAUUUUGCUUGGCAGUUUGCUCAUGAGGCAGGAGAAAGGCAGGCCUGCCACUUAACAUGGAGAGAGAUUUAUUUCCGAUCAGUAUCAUGCAGUAAAUUGUAUACUGUAUGUAAAUAAGUUCUUACAUUAGGAAGUAAAGAUUUUAUACUUAAGGUUAGGGUUUCAACAAGAAAGACCCAUGUAAUCCAGAAUUUACUUAUAUCACAGCUUGUAAUUUUUGGGUAGAAAUUCCAAAGCAUCACAAAAUCAGUGUAUAUCAUAAAAGGUUUAAGAAUGAAAUGCUUUGUGAUUUUGUAUAUAACCUUGCAUACCUUCACCAAAAGGCUGAGCAUUGAGCAUAUUACUGUUCUACUGGAACUGUAGCUUCCACCAUUAGAAACAAUGUUAUUUGUCCUUGCAAAGUUUUCUGCCUUUAUUAAGAUAAAUGUAAAUAUCCUAAUUUAUUAUUUAUAAUAAAUAUAGUAAUAUAGUAGUUCAUGUGGUUACUUAGAAACCCUCUUUCACAUAAGAAGUUCUUAUAAGCAUUUACCACAAUGAAAUAUUCUAGUGAACACAGCUGGCAGUUAGUAGAAUUUAUAAAAAAUGGUACCUUUUAAGCAGUUUGUGUAUUUGCAUUUUUCAUGGCCAGAUAUAACUUGUAAAAUUUUUGCAAUGAUUAAGCAAAGUGUUGAAAGCUAUAUCCCUUUGGCUAGACAACACAUUUAACAAAUCCCUGUGACAAGACUACCAAAAGUUUUUUACUGUGGUGCAAACUUUGGUUUAAGUAAGUUAAAAAAUACAAUUGUUUUACAUACCUACAUACCUUUACUUGGAGUUACUGCACAACUUGAAAAUGUUGCAACCAUUUUCUAUUCUAUUAUUAUUGGGAUUAAUCAAAACUACAUUUUUCCAUUCAUACAUUCAAACUUUUUGGUGAGUUGGGGGUUACUGUAGGUCUCAUCACAGAUAUUUUAUUGUAAUUAAAUUCUAUUUUCUUGUUUUAUGUACAGUAUGAGUACAUAGAAGAAUCUUGGUUCAUUAUGUGAUGGGAAAGCCUAGAACUGCAACAUACUAAAGAGAAAAUUAUUCUUAGACUCAAUUGUGUUAAAUAUAACACAAUGAAAGUGUUUGAUAAGUCACUUUGUAGAUAGAAUAGUAUGUAAUAAUGAAUAGUAAGUGAUAUAACUGCAGAGUAAUCACUACAGUACAUUUUACAUACAGUAUAUUUACUGUAUAUAACUACAGUAUAUGUAAUAAGCUACAGUAGUUUGUAUAUAUAUAUAUGUGUAUACUAUAUGUUAGAACUGCAUGAAGCAAUUAUAAAGCUCUAGGAAGGGGACUUAUUAGUUAGAACGGACUAGUUUUAAUAGUGUUUAGCUGUUUUUUUAAACCAUAAAAAUGAAUGAUCCUUUAAUGCAGAUCAGUUCUAUCUUUCAGAAGACAAUAUUUGUAGUUUUUUGUAAUACCUGUUUCCUAUGAUUUACAUUAAGGAUUAUGUUCAGAAGCUACAGUAGUAAUUUCUUUAUUAAUAUCUAUUUAAAGCCAAUAAUGUGUUCAUUAAGGCUAACAGUGUGAUCAAGCAAUGUACUUAUAAAAACACAUGCUAAACUCACUGGCUUUUAAAAUAUUUUUUAUUAUCCUACGCACCAACAAGAGUGGUUUGUAACCCUUACUUUACAUAAUUUCUAAUGAAUAAUCUUUUAAAUGGCCAAAAGUGUUUAUGGUAUUCUAGUGUACAGAAAACAUCAUUAGAAAUUAUGGAUACACUCAGUACUUUCCAAUCAACCAAAUAAAACAAUGCCUGUGGACAAUGAAAACAAUCUAAGUUAUGUGUCUUUAUUCUAAACAUAUCAAUCUCAAGCCAAAAUUCUUAUGUGCAAUUUAAUUGGUAAAUUUAAGGCCAGCAAAUUAGAGCAGUUCUAUAACAACUGUAGCUUAAUUGAUGGUAGCUUAAUUAGUGCUGUUAAAUCACUGUAGAAAUCAAAAGGAAUGAAGUCAACAGUCUGAGAUAGAAUUGACAACGAAAGAAGAAAUUGAAUGACUGUGGUUACAAGCAACAUGCACAUUUGAAAUGUCAACAUAAAUGCACUUAACAUAAACCUCCUUGCCCUAUCAUGUCAUAGAGAACAACCUUUUGCUUUAAGUAUUUAGUAUUUGUUUUAAUUAUAGUCUGUCUGUUAUCACCGUUGUCACUGGACUGCAAAGGGGUCUGUCUAGAUGCUGUCUGAGUGCGGCAAUAGUUUACACUAUAGCAGUAAUGAAUUCUAUAACCCAAAGAAAAAGCUUAAUAAGACAACAAAUAAUGAUAAUUGAUAUGAUCAUGAUACUGCAUUAUCUCCAAAAAUGCUAGCUGUUCUAAGUGAUGUUAUUACUUUUUUUUAAUAAUCCACAAUGAUAGACUAUUCUAAUACUCCUUAUUAUAGACUCCAUGACCAUGAAACUAAAAGGAAGCUGUAUUGGUGAUUUUCUGAUCUAAUGGAAUGUUUCCUGCACAAAAGAUUUCCAUAAAAGAUUGAUAGGCAUUAAUUGACAUUCAAAUGAAUUCCUGGUGAAAUUCUCCUACAGUAUUCCAGAUAUUUCAAUUUCUCUCUAAAACAAAAUAUGAAGCAAAAACACUGAACAUUGUCCAUUUAAAAUAUGUGAUCUUGUCACUUCGUAUAUCCGCCAUGCAUUCUACCCAGGCCUUGGCACAUUUAGAUUAUCUGUGAUCUUCGUGGUUAGCUGAAUUAUCAGUAUUCAAAAUCUUGUGCCACUUAUUUAGUAGGUGUGGUCCAAGAGAUUAAGUACAGCAGAAAUUAAAGGUUUUGUUUUUGAAACUUGGAAUUUAUGGAAAACUUGGAGUAGUUUGGACAUGCAAACAUUUAAUGAAAACACACAGAAAUGCAGCAGAAAAAUGACACAUUUGCUGUUUUAUUGCCAACAGUCAUACAGAGUUAUGGUAAUUCAAAUAAUCAAGGAUCAAAUCUGUAAACAUCUUCAGGAAAUUACAUUUUGUUACCCUUUAUUCCAAAACCCAUUGAGUGUGAUUUCAUUGUAGCAUCAUUCAAUUUCAGUAUAGAAAACUAAGAAGAAAGAGAAGUGACUGCUGAAUCUCAUGCUGUAACAUUUUAGCACUGAAUAACUACCUCAAAUAAAGAAAAACACCCAUGACCGAACUCCACUUAGGGUUUGCCAUGGUAUUAAUUAGAAUGAACACUGUAAGUACAUAGAAAAGGCACGUUUUUUUGAUAACAUAGAAAACUGGCAUUAUCUAUUUGUUAAAAAAACACAUAAUUACAUUUGAGACCUUGUCUUGCAAAUAGAGGGCAGCUGAUUUUCAAAUGCAAAAAAAUCAAGUCAAGUACUUGUGCCAAAUUAACUACUUUUACUGUCAGAAGGAAAUCCCAGCUAAGUUUGGCAUUGGUUUCCAUCAUCCACAAAUGAUGUUAGCCCCAUCUGAAGUAAUUCUUGUAACAUCAAUUUGUGUCCAGUUAUAGCUAAUGAGCUGCCAUUUUAAAGCAUUUUUUUAUAACAACAGGUUUUAUUUUCAAGUUCAAAGGUGCAGUAUUAAAGGUAACAACAAACCCUCCUCUUACCUUUGCAUAUGAAAGGCUCAAAAAACAAAUACCCACAAAAGAGACAUUAAAUGCGGAAUGAAAUUGUACUCAUUGAAGAUAGUAAUAUAUUUAUCUUUCCAUCAACAAUCCAUAACACUACAAAAAGGAAAAACAAGCUCCCGUAAUGUGGCUUUGAUGACUCUAUUCUCAAGUGAAAGGUUUCUCUUUGUAACAACUGAGGUAUUAGCCUUUAUUUGGGCAGCACUUGAGCUGGGGCAAAUGCAGCAUCAUCACUGUCUUUAAUCAUAAUCCCAGCUCAUUUCAUAUUGCACAAGUAAAAGAUUCCCUUCAGCAGCUCUUUAAUACUUUCUCCUGUAUGCAACAAAGAAACAAUGUUUGUAAAAAUGCAGUAAUGAGAAAAGACAAGCUUGCAGGCAUAGCUUGACAACAUCUUUCAUUGACCAAGUCAGCUUACAGUUUUAUUAUUCCUAAAAAAUGUUUGUCUUUUUCCAUAGAUGAGCCUCUACCUUUACAGAAAAUAGAUAACUACUAUACUGUAGUUAUCUAUUGAAAGCUUUUUAUAUAGAUAAAAAACAAAUUGAACCUGCCACUUACAUUAAAAUUUGCAUGUUUGUAUAGUGGUAUUCAGCUCAAGUCUUGCCCUAGAAAGAAUGCUGUAAGCAGUGGAUACAAACCAAUAAAGCAUAAUUUUGUUUAUAUUGAAUAAUUUUACUCUCAGUCUAAUUUGGCACAAAUUAAAUUGCUUCAGAUUAACGGAUGGCCAGGCAGAGUGCUCUACAGAAAAUAUAUACACAGAUAUAGAUGUCUAUAGAAUGUUAUACAAAGACCAAGAAACGUGACUUACCCAGAUAUACAUAAUUAACAAAAAUAAUUAUAAAUGUAUAUUUGAUUUAAACAUUGAAUGUGGGUAUUUAAUAACAAUAAAUCCUAUUUUGAAAGCAGAUGUAAGUUAAAUCAUGUUGCUUUAAUUAUUUAACCCCUUUGAUUGAAGUGAAUAUGCAGAACAAAUAUGAAAAAAGUGUGGCUCUUGUAUCAGCAUCUACCCUGGGAUAUAUUAUAUGCUGCAAAGGAAAAGAAAGUUUCUGUGUGGUACCCCCAGUUUAAAUAAUCAAAAAUAAUUUGUCAAAAAUUCUUCAGCUGUAUAGAAGAAAAGGUAAAGUUAGUGCAGCAAUCCUGUUGUUCAGAAAUUCUGUACAUGAUCUUUUGAUGGUGUAAUAACAGAUUGUAUUUAUAAAGAGUAGAUUGUAUAUCUGAAGAUGUUCCAAAGUACCUAGUUUAAAGAUCAGUCCAUGUUUGUUUUGUCUGCAGGAUGCUUUUUUUCCACAGCACUGACAUACAUAGAAAAGACAAGAAGCUAAGAGAACUUGUUUUACAGUGAUAUAAAGGCACUUUUCAUUGUAAUAGCCUUAAAUGUGCCAUGUGCAAAUAUGCUAAUACACACACAGAGAACAGAGAGUUUCUAAAUCAUCAAUCAUCAACCACCACCCCAGUUCAUGCACAUCCAAAGGAGUAAUUGCAUUACCACCAGAAAAAUGCAACUGUACCCGGUACAAACGAAAAUAGUUUACUGCUUCAUGAUACUUUUAUGAAACAUUAAAACAAAUAACCAAAUAAUUUACAGAUGCCCGAUACUUCAGUAGCUACAAGCACAUUGCUAAAGACUUUACCAUCUGUGAAGUACUGAAGUGUAAUUCAGUGUUGGUGCUUAAGAGCUUUCCACAAAGAAACUGGAUCUGAUCUUCAAACUGAGCUCUUUGUAAGGUCUUGGAAUAAACAUUCUAUUCUAACAUAAUCACAUCAUGUACAGAAUCUUUAGAAUAACAAUAAAUGAACUGCUCUGAUCUUUCCUUCUGUAUGGCUUAAGAAAGACUCUUGUCGAAAACAUCCUGAAACAAUCAUAUAAACUGUGUGUAGAACAUAAAAACUUUCUUUUCUUUAACAGUCUUUUAUUUUGUACAUUGCAGUUCAUCUUCCUCUGAAACAGAUAUUGUUUUGUUUUUGUUAUCAACCCAUUCUGGGUAAUUAACAUCCUAAUUAAUGUACAUUAAUUGUUAAUUGAAUUAAGAAAAUAUACAAGUUAAAAGAAAAUUUGAGAUGGAGCCAGACUGAGAGAAAACAUUAACAUUUUACACAAUGUGCAUACACAAACACUUCUCAAAGGG